ACAAUGGCUCCUGGAAUAGCUGAAAAAAAGAAUAAUAGUUUACCAUUGUGGGGAAAUGAAAAAACCAUGAAUUUAAAUAAUCUAAUUCUUACUAAUAUUUUAUCAUCACAUUAUUUCAAGGUAAAUUUGUAUCAGCUUAAAACAUAUCAUGAAGUUAUUGAUGAAAUAUAUUUUAAUGUAAAUCAUCUGGAACCAUGGGAAAAAGGAAGUCGUAAAACUUCAGGGCAAACUGGAAUGUGUGGAGGGGUACGAGGUGUAGGUGCUGGUGGCAUAGUUUCAACAGCAUUUUGUAUUUUAUAUAAAUUAUUUACUUUGAAGUUAACAAGAAAGCAAGUUGUUGGUCUCAUUACUCAUUGUGACUCUCCCUUUAUAAGAGCAUUGGGUUUUAUGUAUGUCAGAUAUACUCAGCCACCUGGAGAUCUUUGGGAUUGGUUUGAACCAUAUUUGGAUGAUGAAGAGGAACUUGAUGUGAAAGCAGGUGGAGGUCAGGUUAUGACAAUAGGUGAAAUGUUACGCCAUUUUCUUACUAAAUUAGAAUGGUUCUCAACAUUAUUUCCACGUAUUCCUUUGCCUAUUCAAAAAGAUAUUGACACAAAACUGUCAACUCGUAAUCCAGCACCAAAAGCUGGUGGAGCUGCAGCCACUGCCAUUCAGAAUGAAGAGAAAGCUAGGUGGCCAGAAGAUUCAGCUGAGGAGCAUACAAACUUCCCAAAUGCAAAUGAUGAUUUGGAAUGGGAUGAGAGAGACAGGAGAUCUCCAAGUCCAGAUUCAAGGAGAUAUCGUAGUCAUAGAGAGAGAAUGGAUGUAGCAGAUGAAAUAGCUCGUGAAAGGGAUCGUCAACGACGAGAAAAAGAGAGGGGCCAUAGUUCAAGAAGACAUCGCAGUAGCAGUAGUGACAGACAUAGAAAUCAUACUCGUCAUGGAGAUCAUGCUAGAAGCAGGAGUCGUAGUCGAGAAGGCAGGUCACAUCGAGAAUCAAGGCAUGACAGAUAUUCAGAAAGAGAUAGAGAAUAUCGAAAGCAUAGAGAAAGGAGACAUUCAAGAGAAAAGGAAAGAAAUAAGAAUUAUGAUAGGAAAGAAAGGAGACGUAGUCGAUCACAUAGCGUGGAACGGAGACAUAAAACUUCUGAACAUGAUAGAUGAUUUUGGUCUUGAUAUCACUUUCAUUGAAAGUAGUGAUCUCAAGCCUUGUAUUUGUACAUUGCACCAUUUCAUUAUAACAUCCCAUAUCAUUGAAAAUGUGUUGUUCUUUCUUUCAUCAUUUUGGAAUUUUAAUUUCCAAAAAUAGUGUAUUUUAUAAAUGACUUUCAUUUAUGACAUUAACAUUCAUGUAAUGUAUUUUCAUCAACUAAGUUUUUCGCCCAGAAAUAUAAUAAAAUUUUGAGUCACUUUGCUUUAUAAAAACAUAGCAGUAAUAUCCCUGAUAA